ACGGCGCUUCGGAGGAGCCAAAGGAAUAAUGGGCGCCUCCGCCCCCGGGCCGGGCGGAUGCGGUUUCCUCCCGACUUGCGAUCAAAAUGGUUGACAGGCGGGUCGAGUCUGAAGAAUCCGGCGAUGAAGAAGGGAAGAAACACAGCAGCGGCAUCGUGGCCGACCUCAGUGAACAGAGCCUGAAGGAUGGGGAGGAGCGGGGGGAGGAGGACCCAGAAGAAGAACAUGAGCUGCCUGUGGACAUGGAAACCAUCAACCUGGACAGAGAUGCAGAGGAUGUUGAUUUGAAUCACUAUCGCAUAGGGAAGAUUGAAGGAUUUGAGGUACUGAAGAAAGUGAAGAAUCUCUGCCUCCGCCAAAAUUUAAUUAAAUGCAUUGAGAAUCUGGAGGAGCUACAGAGUCUUCGAGAGCUGGAUCUUUACGACAACCAGAUCAAGAAGAUUGAGAAUCUGGAGGCGCUAACAGAGCUGGAGAUUCUAGAUAUUUCUUUUAAUCUGCUGAGAAACAUCGAAGGGGUUGACAAGUUGACACGACUGAAAAAACUCUUCUUGGUCAACAAUAAAAUCAGUAAAAUUGAGAACUUAAGCAACUUACAUCAACUACAGAUGCUAGAGCUGGGAUCUAACCGCAUCCGGGCAAUCGAAAAUAUCGACACCUUAACCAACCUGGAGAGUUUGUUUUUGGGGAAAAACAAAAUUACUAAACUUCAGAACCUGGAUGCGCUCACCAACCUGACAGUCCUCAGUAUGCAGAGCAACCGGUUGACCAAGAUCGAGGGUCUGCAGAACCUGGUGAACCUGCGGGAGCUGUACCUUAGCCACAAUGGCAUCGAGGUCAUCGAGGGCCUGGAGAACAAUAACAAACUCACGAUGUUGGACAUUGCAUCAAAUAGAAUCAAAAAGAUUGAAAAUAUCAGCCAUCUAACAGAGCUGCAAGAGUUCUGGAUGGAGUCUCGCUCUGUCACCAGGCUGGAAUGUAGUGGCGCGAUCUCGGCUCACUGUAACCUCCACCUCCCGGGUUCAAGGGAUUCUCUUGCCUCAGCCUCCCGAGUAGCUCACCAUCCCCACGGACAGCUCUCGAUGUGGCCGUGCCUGUGUCUGGCAGCCUCACCAUCCCCACGGACGGCUCUUGAUGGGCCGUGCCUGUGUCGCGCAUCUCCUUUGUUAAACUGUCAUGGAGAUUUUCAGAAAAUAAGUGAUUUUUACAUUCUACCAGUUGUGUAUGAAAUGUAUCUUAAGAAUUCUACCCAUCUUUUGCUGAAAACAUUACUGAGUUUGGGGUAAUUAAUGUGAAUUUUCUAUAAUAUCAGCCAAAAAAACUGAAGGGAAAUACAGGUAUCCUAUGUAUGUAUAUGCAAAAUACACACAUAGAAAACCCCAUAAAUACAAAAUGCAAGUUUGGGUUCCAGAAACCAAAAGAGUCUGCCAGGAAAGCGUCAGCCAAGAAGACGCUCUCUAGCAGAAUCCCAGCCGUUGGUUCGGGCAAGGGAUCAGCUGCUGAGAUUACUGGGAAGGAUGUUGAAGAAGGGAUGUUUGCACACAGGCCCAAGGAUCAUGCCACAGAGAACUCGCUAAUUGCAAAGGGAAAGCAUGUCCCCAGAGUCAUCUGGGGUCACCAGCUGAUCUGCAGGAUAAAACUUAGCAUCCCUAAUUGUGGGACCACCUGAAGUGCUGCGUCCCCAGUGUGAGUCAUCUAUGCAGUAUACCUACCAAAAAUGUUUAGUCUGAUCUAACCAAGCAUUCAUACCUAACUUUGAGUUUAUGGGAAGUGUAAGAGCUAGAAGAACAAGCUAAAUGACAAUGAGGGAUACUUUACAAGACAGUUCUUCAAGAAGCCAAUUUUAGUUUUUAAAAAACAGUGUGAGAAGGACAUGGGAGGUGCUCAAGAUUAGAAGAGACUGAAAUGGUCCCUCUGGGGGAAAGGAAUGUGCCCGCGCUCCCCAGCCAGGCUCCCUGACAGCCCCAGUGUGCAGAACUUGAUAAGAGAAACAUAAGGUCAUCUUUUUUCCAUGAUGAGUGUAACAUCUUUGCCCCAUCCUGGGAUUCAGGAGCCUCUGGAAUGUCUGUGGAGACAGAGUCUCAUACAAGUGAAUGUUUUUAGUUCCAUUUUGGAAAAAUGCAAAGAUAAGAAUCUCUGAAAGUUACCAGUAUCAAACACAUUAUUUACACAUUAUUUACAAUGCACCAUUGGUGGUGAGCAGAAUUCCCUGUGUUAGGUUUACUAAGUCCUGGAGAAAACUGCUCUGAGACUGGCAGUGCUAUGGAAAAUUACAACAUCUGCAAUUUAUAAAGAUGGUCCGCCAAUCUAGACUAAUAAUGACAUUGGAAAAUGCUGUGAUGUGUGAGACAAGAAGCAUCUGGUGUGUGACAGACACAAAUACAUCACAUAUCGAGAAAGAAGGAGGUGACACAGCUUGAAGGCCUCCCACGCCAGAGCUGAAAGCCUGAGUCAACUGCCAGUGGUGUUUUGAAUCAUUUUUUAAAUAGACUAUGCUACAAGAAAAUCUUACUUCUUCCAAACAGUGUGAUAUUGCUACUUUCAUUAAAUGAAUGUCCUUUUUGUGUGUUUUGUGGUAGAA